CGCGGAAGAAAAUCGGAAGUGACGUAACUCCCUCUCAUCUUGAAACAUGCUUGAAUGGAGGUGACCUUAGUUGUUAUAAAAUUUAAAAGAAACUAGACGACUGUUUACACUUUUUUAAAGGGCGAGCAGCGAUGGCAGAGGCACACCAGACACGCGUGCAGAAUGUAGUUGAAGAAAUGGUCCAAAGUCUGGAGAGGGAGCAAAUCCGUAAGAUGCAGGGUCGCAUGUUCAGGUGCAGCGCAGAGUGCUGUGACCUCUCCACAAACUCCAUGUCUCAGGUGCAUCAGUGCAUCGAGAGGUGCCACGCUCCUCUAGCACAGGCUCAAGCACUGGUCACCUCAGAGCUGGAAAAGUUUCAGGAUCGUCUGACCAGAUGCACAAUGCAUUGCAAUGAUAAGGCAAAGGAUCUCUUUGACUCCGGUGCAAAGGAGCCAGCUGUUCGAUCAUUAAUGGACCACUGUGUGGGAAGUUGUGUGGAUGACCACGUUAAUCUCAUUCCCAGCAUGACCCGAAGACUCAAGGAGAAUUUGGACUCUAUACCGCAGUGAGGAGUAGGACAAGUGAGCUCUGUAUUCACAUAUAGCAGCGCAGGGUUAGAUUCCUGAAGGAAUUCAGGGCUGGAGCCAUAAAAUAUGUAGAGAGUAAUGACUGACUGUUGGUUAUGUGAGAUUUGUUACUGGAGCUAAAUGUUUUUUUAAUUGUUAGGUUUUGAUUUAAUUUAUGACGAGGGAAAGAAAUUCAGAAACACACCUGUUGACAUGUUAGUGUGAAUCCGACAUUCACUCUUCUGUACUUUGGUGGGUGUUUUAUUAAAGUUGUCCAUUUAUUCAGAGCCGAUCUGAGUAUGUUAUUGUAUACUAUACACCAUCUCACCAUUGUACUUUACGCAUUUUAUAAUCAGCUUUUCUUAGCUGUGGGAUCUGAAAUUCUUUACCAUCAUCAGCUGUCUCUCAUCCCUAUACAGUUAUUUUCAUUGUCAGUUUUUUUUGUGAUGUCUCUACCUCCAAUGGUCAGAUCUGUUUGUGAAUUAAAAAAAAAACAGAAG